CGCACGCCGCUUGACAGUGUUGGCGCAUGCGCACCAGAAGCUGCCGCGAUGGAGCUGUUGGGGGAUCUGCCGCUGCGCUUCUCUCGGUUGCCCAUGUUUCCCUUCUUUGACUUAGCGCAUUAUACCGCUUCCAUCCUGUCUCUGAAGGAGCAGCGGGGAGUAGUUGAAGUCGCAUAUGGCAGCCCACUUGCAUGUUGGUUUAGUGCUAUGCUUUACUGUUUCGGUGGGUCCAUAUUAUCUUCGCUGAUGCUAGCAGAACCUCUAAUUGCAUUUCUUGCCAACACCACAGGUGUCCUCCUUGCCUCAUCCGUCUGGUAUCUUAUAUUUUACUGCCCACGUGAUCUAGCCUACCGCUGUUUAUGUUUUCCACCUAUACGACUGAUGAUUGCAGGAAUGAAGGAAGUGACAAGAACCUGGAAGAUAACAGGUGGAAUUGUUCACGCGCAUAAACGCUUUGCAGAUGCCUGGCUAAUCAUGAUAGGAGUUGGUUGGGCCAGAGGAGCUGGUGGCGGUCUAAUAUCCAACUUUGAACAGUUGGUGAGAGGUGUAUGGAAGCCUGAAACUAAUGAACUGCUGAAGAUGUCAUAUCCUGUGAAAGUAAGUUUGAUGGGAGCAGUGCUCUUCACAAUGCAGUGCAACUUUUAUCUUCCAAUAACAAAGCACAAUCUCAUGUUACUUUACACCCUCUUUUUGGUCAUCACAAAGAUAAACAUGAUGGUGACAGGAUGCACUACUUCUCCAUUUGCUUCCCUGGAGGAACCACUGGCUCGCCUCUUCUUUGGCCAGAAGCCAACUGGUUCACAAGCCAUGGAUGAGAUCAAAGGACCCUUAAAUGGCAUCUCCUCAGCCUGUGACUGUCUUCUUGAUGGAGAGAAGAGUGAGGCAGUCCAAAAGAAACAGGCAAAGAAAGCUCAAUGAGAACCUCAAAGUGCUAAGGACAGCCAAAAUGACUUGUUUGUGUGUGCCGAUAAAAAUGUAGUAUUUCUCUUUCCUGAUGAUGUGAAAUGACUAUUGUGCAUGAGGUAAUUUCUGUGACAAGAAGAUUGCUGCACUGGUCCUUCAGAGAAGUUUUCAGGCCAAACAGCAGUUCAGUGAAUCUCUUAUAUUGUCCAUGAACUGCUCUUAUUGUUUACUGCAGCAGUCCCCAUCCCGCUGUCAUUUGGACAUUUUAGGAUGAUAGCUCCUAUGCUUUCUAGUCACCACAGCCCUAAGGGUGCCAGAUUAGACAAAGCUUGACUAUUAUUCCUGCCCUACGGCUCUGUGUAGCUUCUGAAGUUGGUUAUGUUUUUUAAACUAAAAUUGAAUAAGAUGCAUCAUGUCAGGUUUUUUUUCUAAUUAAAUUUAUUCAGUUUAGAUGGCUGACCAUCUCACUAUAGUGACUGGGAAGCUAACCACAUUUAAAAUCAAAAUACAAAAGACAUCGAAGAAUGACAAAGAUACUGUGAUCAAAUACUGUGAGUUUACUCAUUUUUAUUGUGUUUUUUAUUUAAGAAAAUAAUGCCUAACUUAAAAAAUUGUCAAAGUAUUUUCUCUCUCUCUUUUUCAUAGUGGAAAUACAUAAGAACCAGAUUUUAGAGUAUGGUUCCUCCAAAGUUGGGCACUUUUAAAUAGCAAUGGGAGAGUUUUCACCAUAUGUAUGUUUGGUCUGUAUAUUUCUUAUUGCUUUCUUAUGACUGAACUGAUAUUUUCUUGACAAAAAUAUGUGCUUUCGAUCUUUCAAUUUACAAAUAUUUUUAUUUAGGGUUUGUGGGAUGUAUACUUUUUCUGAUAUUGACACUUCUUAAUUUUAGAUAUACUAAUGACCUGAUUCUUAAGUGUUCACACUUGGCUCGCAUCACAAGCUAAUUUAUAUAUUUUUCCACCAAUUUUUCAUACUAAAUUUUAAGAUUUUUGGACAUUAAAUGACUUGUAAAUACCUCUGCUGUAUUUUUUGCAGGAUAGUGAAAUUUUUUGAGACCAAAAUUCUUAUGUAAUGUAACUUUGAGACACUCUUUAUGCAUAAUUUUGAAAACGAGAGUAUUAUUUGGAAUCUUAUCUGAGAUUUAAAAAGACAAGACAGGGAUUGCAGCUUACCUGCCAGGAAGGUUGGUGGGAAUUGCAGGGAAAUCUCCUUUUCCCUAAUCACCUAACAGCCUAUAAUGCACAGACAGUGGCCUACCCUCGUCUUAAAUCAAAGUGCCUCCAUUUCUUUGGUUGAUAUUGUUCACAAGCAUUUUGAGGCUAACAUUUGUAAUCUGUCUUUUAUAAACUACUAAAAAUCUUUUAUCCAGAUCAAAAAUGAAGCAGAAAACAGGGAUUUUUUUUUUUAAAAAAAAGAAUAACUAUUUGUCAUAUCAUUUAGGGCAGUUUUCAUUCUAACUCUUCUAUUGCUGAAGAUUAGAACAAAAGUGUCCAAAAAGUGUAUUAAAAUGUCCUUGUAGCAUUAUUUUGAACUUGGAAAAUACUUGAGUCAGACACCAGCAGCCAAUGUGCUUCAGAUGUUUAUGAGAGGAUUUUUUAAUGCAUGCUGGUAAAAUCACUGAUGUCUUUUGUAUGAUUGGGCUUGAUGUUUUUUAGUCCAGGAUUUUUUUUUUGUGAAAUGCCUUUGGUACUCUUGUCAACAUCUCACUGUAAUUACAGUGUAGGCUUUAUAGCACACAUUAAUGUGAAAAUGUAUUUAAAAUUACUGUAAGAUACUUAGUUAGAAGAUGGUAUGCCUUGCAUUUGAAUUCAGCAUUUUAAAAACCUGCUAUUAAACAAUGGAAACAAUUUGGCUCUUAGUGUGCUAAUAAUAUGAUCAGCAAAUACAUGGACAUGAAAAGUUUAGUGGCUUACACAUUCUGCUUCUUCACCCAGAAAAGCUUAUGUUCUUUCUCUACAGGACCUGAAGCACAUUUCGUCCCAUUUAAAAUAUUUGCAUUUGCUUAUUUUUAAUUGAAAUGGCAAUUAAACUUUGAUUUAAUCAAA